AAGUACGUUUUCUUCCCAUAAACCAGUAAAAUCUGAGAAAGAAAAAGCACAUCAACACACCUAUUUAACGGCCGAGAUUGUGUACCGGAAGCCCUUAACGCUUCACUGUGUGCGACAGAGUCAAACCCAGACGGUGACAGUGGCAGAUUGCAGUAUCCGCCGCCAUUCGAAGCUGCAGAAUGGCCAUAACAGCCACCAUUACCGUUCCUCUCACAUCCCCCACGCGCCGCAGUCUCACCUCCCUCAAUAAUCUCUUCCUCCACUCUCCCCGAUCCACUUUGCCCAUUCCGCGACGCACUUUCAAGUACCCUAACUCCCGCCUUGUCGCCUCCUCCAUGAGCACCGACGCCCCCGUCAAAACCCCCUCCGCUUCCUUCCUCAACCGCCUACAGACCGGCUUUCUCCAUUUCGCCAAGUACCACGGCCUCGGAAACGACUUCAUUUUGGUUGACAAUAGAGACUCGUCCGAGCCCAGGAUCACUGCAGAGAAAGCGGUUCAACUGUGUGAUCGGAACUUCGGUGUUGGAGCUGACGGAGUUAUCUUUGUAUUGCCUGGAAUCAAUGGCACUGAUUAUACCAUGAGGAUUUUUAACUCUGAUGGUAGUGAGCCUGAGAUGUGUGGCAAUGGAGUGCGAUGUUUUGCCAAAUUCGUUUCUCAGCUAGAGAGUUUAGAAGGAAGGCAUAGUUUUACCGUUCAUACUGGAGCUGGUCUUAUUAUACCUGAAGUCUUAGAGGAUGGAAAUGUAAGAGUUGACAUGGGGGAACCAGUUCUUAAAGCCUCAGAUGUGCCUACUAAAUUACCUGCAAACAAGGAUAGUGCUGUUGUUAAAUCCGAGCUAGUCGUGGAUGGAGUUAUCUGGCAUGUGACCUGUGUUAGCAUGGGAAAUCCACACUGUGUAACUUUCGGUAGAGAAGGAUGUCAGAAUUUGCUAGUUGAUGAAUUGAAGCUAGCAGAAAUUGGCCCAAAAUUUGAACAUCAUGAGGUGUUCCCAGCACGAACUAACACAGAGUUUGUGCAAGUAUUGUCUAAGUCUCAGCUGAAAAUGCGUGUUUGGGAGCGGGGAGCAGGAGCAACCCUAGCCUGUGGAACGGGAGCUUGUGCUACUGUUGUUGCGGCUGUUCUUGAGGGUCAUGCUGGGAGGAUAUGCACGGUUGAUCUACCUGGAGGGCCUCUUCAGAUUGAUUGGAGGGAGGAAGAUAAUCAUGUGUAUAUGACAGGCUCGGCCGAUUUAGUUUAUUAUGGAUCUUUGCCUCUUUGAUAUGUUGCCCAUUGUUAAACGUAAUAGUUGGGUGAAUUAGGAAUUGCUGAAUAAUCUUUCCUUGGGAGGCGGACUUUUUGUUUUUAAUGAAUGUUUUAUUUACGAAUUUAAUCUCAACCAUUUGGUUGAACGAGUCACGAUGAUGCAGUAAUGAGCUAAACGGUACGUUGGCUUGUGUGGAUUUUAA